AACUGCUGCUAUUAAUAUACAUAACAAGCCUCAACACUAAUUAUCCUGAUAGCAUGUCGAGAAUAAAAUAUUUCCGAUCUCUCCUAAUUAUCUUGAUCUUCACCUUGACAGGGCUUAUUGCUGCAGCAACUGGAGUUGAAGAUGAUAAGGAUUUCUAUAUUGUUCAUCUUGGAGAUCAUCCAGCAGACCAUGACUCUAGAGUACAAUCACACAUAGAUACGAUCUCAUCUGUCAAGAGAAGUGAUGCUGAUGCUAAGGAAUCUAUCAUCUAUAGCUAUACGAAGAGCUUCAAUGCAUUUGCAGCAAGGCUAACUAGAGCUGAAGCAACUGAGUUGUCAGGUCUGGACCGAGUUCUUUCUGUAUUCCCAAAUAGGUAUCGAAAACUACACACUACCAAAUCAUGGGAUUUUAUUGGACUUCCUAACACAGCAAGACGAAAGUUGAAAAGGGAGAGAGACAUAAUCGUCGGUCUCCUUGAUACAGGGAUUACCCCGGAGUCUGAGAGCUUCAAAGGUGAUGGCUUUGGUCCUCCACCCAAGAAAUGGAAAGGCAGCUGUGGCCAUUUUGCUAAUUUCUCCGGAUGCAACAACAAACUUAUUGGAGCUAGAUACUUCAAGCUCGAUGGAAACCCAGACCCAAAUGACAUAUUAUCUCCGAUAGACGUGGAUGGCCAUGGGACUCAUACAUCAUCAACACUAGCAGGCAAUGAAAUUCCUGAUGCAAGCCUAUUUGGUUUAGCAGAAGGCGCAGCUCGUGGUGCCGUGCCGGCUGCCAGGGUAGCCAUGUAUAAAGUAUGUUGGGCGAGCUCAGGUUGCUCGGAUAUGGACAUACUUGCAGCAUUUGAAGCUGCCAUAAACGAUGGCGUUGAUGUUAUCUCUAUAUCUAUCGGUGGGGCAAAUUCUGAUUAUGUAACGGAUGCAUUAGCAAUAGGUGCAUUUCAUGCUAUGAGGAAGGGUAUUGUUACCGCGGCAUCUGCUGGAAAUGACGGACCAAUGUCUGCUUCUGUGGCUAACCAUGCGCCAUGGCUCGUGACAGUGGCUGCUAGUGGCAUUGACAGGCAGUUCAGGAGCAAAGUUGAGUUAGGUAAUGGGAAGACUGUCUCCGGUGUUGGUGUUAACACAUUUGAACCGAACCAGAAACUGUAUCCGCUUGUCAGUGGAGCUGAUGUAGCUCGUGAUGCAGAAAGCAAGAGCGAUGCAAGGUUUUGUCUGGAUGGAUCUAUGGACCCUAAGAAGGUGAAGGGAAAACUCGUUUACUGCGAGCUACAAAUGUGGGGUAUAGAUUCUGUUGUUAAAGGAAUCGGAGGAGUAGGCACUAUUGUUGGAAGUGCACAAUAUCUUGAUGCUGCCUUAAUAUUCAUGACACCAGGAACUAUGGUUAACGUCACAGUUGGCGAUACCAUCAACGAUUUUAUACAUUCCACAAAAUCAGCUUCCGCAGCGAUACACAGAUCACAUGAAGUAAAAAUCCCUGCUCCGUUUAUCGCUUCAUUUUCAUCUCGCGGACCGAAUCCAGGAUCUAGAAAUCUUCUCAAGCCUGAUGUAGCAGCACCAGGAAUUGACAUUUUGGCUUCUUACACUCCCUUGAAGUCACUCACUGGCUUAAAAGGUGAUACACAGUUUUCAAAAUUUACGCUGAUGUCCGGUACUUCCAUGGCUUGUCCACAUGUUGCGGGUGUAGCCGCCUAUGUAAAGUCAUUCCAUCCGAAUUGGACAGCCGCCGCCAUCAAAUCUGCGAUUAUAACCACGGCUAAGCCUAUGAGUGUGAGAGUGAACAGUGAUGCAGAAUUCGCAUACGGUGCUGGUCAAGUAAAUCCGACAAGAGCUAGAAGUCCCGGAUUAGUAUAUGACAUGGAUGCCAUGUCAUACAUACAAUUUUUAUGCCGAGAAGGCUACACCGGUUCUUCUCUAGCUGUUUUAAUAGGCUCAAAGUCUAUAAAUUGCUCCUCAUUGUUACCUGGACUUGGCUCUGAUGCUAUCAACUAUCCAACCAUGCAGCUCAGUGCUCGAGAUGAGAAGCGGCCGACUACCGGAGUUUUCCGAAGGACAGUCACCAAUGUCGGUCAAGUUCCUUCCGUAUAUAAUGUAACGAUUAAGGCUCCGAAAGGUUUGGAAAUCACGGUACGGCCUAUGAGUCUGUUCUUCUCUCGUUCCUUGCAAAAGAGGAGUUUUAAGGUGGUUGUUAAGGCAAAAGCUUUGCCAAGCGGAGAUAUACUGUCAGGUUCAGUGGCUUGGAAAAGUAAUCGUCAUGUAGUAAGAAGCCCAGUUGUGGUUUAUAAGCCAUUUGACUAGUUAGCAGAAUUGGACAAUGUAACAUAGCAAAAAAUUGAACAUUGUGAAUUAGAUGAUUGCUGGUUUAUGUGUUUGUGAUCUAGUUCUUACUUAAAGUUUGGUGUAUUACAUUUGAUGAUUAGAUUAUAAGUAUAUCUUAAAAUUGUAAAAUUUAUAAAUAUAGGGUUGCAAAUAAAAUUCCAAUCUUUCACA